AAGAUAGCAGGAUUGAUCCAGAAAGACACACACACUAACAUAGUCACAUAGAUAGAUGAUGAAACCAGAACCAUGUUUGGGUUUGAUGAGCAUUAAUGUUGCUUUGAAGCUCACCCUUUUACUAUUAUUAUUUCUGAACUUUGUGGGUAUGAGUUUAGUUCUUAGUGCUGAUGACUAUAACAGAAAUGACUUCCCAACUGAUUUUGUCUUUGGUUCAGGCACUUCUGCUUAUCAGUGGGAAGGAGCUGUUAAUGAAGAUGGAAGAACUCCUAGCAUUUGGGAUACUUAUGCACAUGCUGGGUUUGUGCAUGGAGAUAAUGCAGAUAUAGCCUGUGAUGGCUACCACAAAUACAAGGAAGAUGUGAAACUCAUGGUGGAAACAGGCCUUGAUGCCUAUAGGUUAUCCAUUUCUUGGUCAAGAUUGAUUCCAAAUGGUAGAGGACCCAUCAAUCCCAAGGGAUUGCAAUUCUAUAACAAUUUCAUCAAUGAACUCAUUAGCAAUGGAAUCCAACCACAUGUAACACUGCACAAUUUUGAUCUUCCACAGGCACUUGAAGAUGAAUACGGAGGAUGGGUUAGUCCUAAAAUCAUAAGAGACUUCACAAACUAUGCAGAUGUGUGUUUCAGAGAGUUCGGUGACAGAGUCUUAUAUUGGAAUACUGUGAACGAGCCGAAUGUCUUCACCAUAGGUGGUUAUGACGAAGGAACAACCCCACCUACACGAUGCUCACCCCCAUUUUGCAAGAAAUAUAACAGCAGUAGGGGUGACUCCACAACCGAGCCUUACUUGGCAGUUCAUCAUAUUUUGCUAUCACAUUCUUCAGCUGUGAGAUUGUAUAGAAGAAAGUAUAAGAAUAUUCUUCCACAUAAAGAAACCUUUGUUGGGGCAAAGAAUGUUCAUGAUUCUAUAGAGGCUAAGUUAUAUUGCAGGACAAGCAAUAUGGGUUUAUUGGCAUUGCAGUCUAUUCAUUCGGUUUCAUUCCUGCAAAUGAUACAGAUGAAGACCGGGCAGCCACUCAAAGAGCUCGCGAUUUUUUCCUUGGUUGGACCCUUGGUGCAUGGAGACUAUCCCAUUUCCAUGAAAACUAAUGCAGGUUCCAGAAUUCCAACCUUCUCAGACCGUGAAUCUGCACAGUUGAAGGGUUCAUGUGACUUUAUAGGCGUGAUAUUUUACGACAACCUUAAUAUCACAGACAAUUCUAUCGCGCUGAAGAGGAAUCUGCGAGACUAUGACACAGACAUGGCAGCACAGCUAAUCUUUGGACCGGCCUUGUUUUCAAAUGAAGAGUAUCCUGUCACACCAUGGACUUUACGUGAAGAGCUGAAUAUCAUGAAGACCCUUUAUGGCAAUCCUCCCAUAUUCAUAUAUGAAAAUGGUCAACGGACACCAAGGAAUUCAUCACUUCAAGAUGUGAAAAGGGUGGAAUACUUGCAUGGAUAUAUUGGUGCUGUGCUUGAUUCCAUAAGAGAUGGAUCAAACAUAAAGGGAUACUUUGCAUGGUCUUUCAUGGAUGUAUUUGAGUUAUUGGAUGGGUAUAAUGCAAGCUUUGGCCUGUACUAUGUUGAUAGGGAUGAUCCAAAGUUGAAGAGAUACCCAAAACUCUCUGCAGAAUGGUAUGGGAAUUUCUUGAAGGGUGGAAACACCUCUGGUGUUAGAGCCAUUGAACUAGAGAAAGAUCCAUCCCUUGUUUCCGUUGGCCGUUUGUUUCAAUAGCCACUUUAACUUGUUUACAUAUAUAUAGCGGUUUCAUCUGCUCAUGCAGUUAUGCUUAAAUUUCACAAAUAGAUAUGGAUUUCCCAAAACAAAUAAUCAUUGUGUGUGGACUCUGUUCCUUUUUUAUAAGUUUAAAGUUUAGGAUAUAAUUAUAUAAUUAAAAUUUUUAAAUGUUUAAUUAAGUAGAGAGUAUAAGAGUUUACAACUCAUAUGCAUGUAAUCAUAUAUAUUUAACAUGU